GCGGAAUUGGAACCCGCUGAAUAGUCCCAUCACAUCAUCUUGCUGGCACGCAAUAUGGAGGCUAAUAGUAAUACUAGUAACAUUCAAUGUCAUGGCGUUAGAAUUCCAGUCAAUUUAGUGGAACUUCUACCGGCAGCGGGAUACAAAUACCAUCUGUGCGACAUUGAUGAGUUGCCAGGAUCAAGCUACUCAUUCAAUGCUACCCUGAGAGUGAAUGUAGCUACUGAGGCCCAAGCCGUCCAGUGGGUUGAUGACUUCAAGGGAUCAUCCUCCUGCACAUGGCGAGUUAAAACAACUUAUCCAUGUACUGGGAAAUAUGUUGUCUUCAAAAAAGCAUACAUAUGCCAUCACAAUACACGCCCAAAGCCUGGUGCCAAUGAAAAAAGAAAAACGCCAUCUAAACACACCAACUGCCCAACAAGUUUCCAAGUGACUGUGAAGAAUUUCAAGACGGCCAAUAACCAGGAAUCCCGAAACAAGACAGACAGGCAUUUGCCGGAAUUUCCAGCAGUUGUCAAGUUUUGUUAUCAACACAACCACAACGUCAGUUGUUCUGAUGCAUUGAAGUAUAGAGAUGUUUCAAGAGAGACGACACAAAAGCUCAGAGAGCUAUUCCACAGGAAGUACGGCCCCACGGCUGCGUUGGAAGCGCUGAAAAACCAACUUCAAGUGGAGCAUGGUUCUAAUUACUACAAAGUAGCAGCAGACAGAGCAGUAUGUCCAGAUGUACAAUACUGUUGCAGAUUAUACCAGAAAGUCCUCAAAGAGAAUUCCGUUAAUGCAAGCAGUGCCAGUGGGGAGAACACGACGUUGACGGGCCUGACGGAUCUAGCUGAUCAGUACAAUGCCACAAGUGGAAACAUGGCUGUGGCCGUCACAGAUGACCAUCAAGUGAUAGCGGCCAUCUGCACACCUCUAAUGCAGCGUGUACAUGUUCUACACCAGUACAGCAGUGAGCUGUGUUUCAUGGAUGCUUCAACCAACUUGGACAGGCAAGAUUGCAAAUGUUAUCUUCUGCUGACACACUCAUGUGUGGGUGGGCUUCCUCUAGGUGUUUUGAUUACAACAUCUGAAACACAGUCCACCAUCAGUGCUGCACUGGACCUGUACAAGACCAUCCUUCCAGCCGGCUGCUUUGGAGGCAGAGAUGCCAUCGGUCCACAGCUGUUCAUCACCGAUGACUGCCUGGCAGAGCGACAGGCUCUCAACGAAGCAUUCCCCCAGUCUACACUACUUCUGUGCUCCUUUCAUCUCCUUCAAGCAACACGGAGAUGGUUGUGGAGCGCAGCAAACAAGAUUCCCCUCACAGAACGCUCCAAUCAUCUGAGCCACAUGAGAAGGAUGAUUCUUGCUCCAUCAGAAGAAGAAGCAGACUCCUUCUUAGCUUCCAGCAUGGCCAAUCCAAAACUCCAUAAGUCCUUCAAAGACUACCUGCAAAGGGCUUACGAGAGGAAGAAUGAGUGGGCCUGUUCAUACCGAACAGAUCUGCCUCUCAUAAGCAACGUUGCAAACAACUUCUGUGAAGCUGCUGUGCGGGUGUUGAGAGACAAGGUUCUGUCUAAAACCAAGGCUUUCAGCAUCGCCCAACUGGCGGACUUCGUCUCCAACCGCCUCGAAGACUACUACCAGAGAAGAAUCCUGGAUGUGGCCAAUGGCCGCUUCGACAACAUACCUAGCAGCAAGAACGUGGUCAAUGCAUGUGAUGGCCUUACGGAACAGGACAUCACCAAAAUAUCGGAAACAGAGUACAAAGUUGUGAGCCACAGCCCGCCUGACACUGAGUACCAUGUGAAUACUCACGUGGGAUGCUGCACAUGCUCCAUAGGGAGAACAGGAGGCCCAUGCAAGCACCAGGCUGCAGUUGCUCGCUUUCAUUCUACACCUUCACUGAACUAUGUACCUUUAUUGACAGACACCAAUGCAAGACUUCUCUUGUAUAGAAUUGCAACAGGGAGGGAGGUAGCAGAGGAAGGAUGGUUUGCAGGUUUGGAGAGCGUUCCAGUAGAGGAAUUAACGGUACACUCUCCAAACCUGGUCCCUGAAGAGAUGCCAGAAACGAGGAAUGUAAACUUAACUGCAGCUGUGGACAGCCUACUGUCGUUCAACAAGCGUAAAGCUCCUCAUUCACAAAUUGUUGCUGAUGUCAAAUCUCGCUUGCAAAGCAUGGGAUCCAAGAUUUCUGAUAAACUAGACUUGGAUCCAGAAACAUUCCUGCCCGCUGUAGAGUCAAUGCUCGAGCAGUUUGAAACAAUCAAGACAGACAGCCACUUGCAGUCGGCAUUACAUAGUUUCGGCAUGUGCACUGGCAUCUGUAUGGCCCUGAAGAAACGGCAAAGAAGGUUGUUGCCUGCUGGAUUAUUGCCUGCUGGAACAAGCUACGUCGUAGUUCAGCCUACUGCAACAGUCAACAUGUCAUCCUCUCUCUUGCCAGCCCCAAAGAGGAAAAAGGCAGCACCCCAUAGUUUGAGCCACUGUGUUAGUAAAAACACAUAGUACAAAACAAAGGAGUUAUAGUCUGUGGGCCAGUGGGGUCUACCGUGAACCCCCACGUUGCUACUUUUUGGGUGUCAUUGUGUGCAUUGAUAUCUCCUCUGAUGAAAACAAAUGUUCCCAAGAAAACAACUAAUUUCCACUAUACUAGUCAUACUAGGGCAAUAAAAAUGGCAUAAAUAACUUUUUAAAAAUUGCAACAAAAAGUUUUUCAAUGAUUUCUAGUAGUAUUUUACGUCUAGAAGUCUACAAAUAUCUGACCUUCCGAAAACCCCUAUUUCAAAAUAGUGUCCAAGAUGGUUGCCAUAGCCUAAAUAUGGCCAGAAAACAAUUAUUAUCUAUCCUGAUAAUCCAAUGAGAUUAAUAAAAAUGUUGUUGAGUAUUUGGGAAGCAUGGAAAUCCAAAAUGGUGUCCAAAAUGACUGUCAUUAAAUACAAAAAAGGCCAAAAAAAGUUAAUUAUAUUUCCAGCAGGCGUGAAUUUGGUGCCUAUCCCUUGGUUUUAGGGAUAAUAGAAUCCAUCUAGACUAAUGAAAAAAUCAAUGAAGGAUGAGGAAACCAAGAACGUUAAUGUGGUUCUAAAAUGGCCACCGAUUCAUUAAAAUUAACCGAAAGUUAACUGCUAUUCCAAGAAUAUAUGUCGUGUUUUUUUGGUACAUAUCAAUUUAAUGUGGUGGUAAAAAAGUAAUUAUUCUUUGGGGGGGAUUUAGCAUAGUAGUUUUGACAUUUAUAGUGAACAAUUUGUAUAUACCUAAGCAAAUUCUGUUUCAAAAUGGCGUCCAAGAUGGCCGCCAUUACAAUAUAUUGGUUCGAUUACAGACUUUCAAUACAUUACAUGUUCCGUAUUUUGUAUCAAGAGAUAUUGUAACUUGUACCACACUCGGAAUUGUGUGCCAUAUUAUAAAAGAGAUAACUGCUAUUAGGGCAUAAGAAAUUAGGAAUGGGGGUAACCAAAAGAAGCCUGUCUUCAUAUCACAUCCCACUCAGAUUUGAUGUUGACGGGGGUGUGCCGCUGAUGCCUUGAAACCCCUACCCAUUUUUAAGGGUCAUUUUGGCUGAUUUUUUUUCAAGGCCCAUUUCACAU